UUAGGGUACCUGUAAUAAAGUUGAUUCAGUUUUGUAUAUACUGGUGUUUAUAUUUGUGUUCCUCUUUAAUUUUGUUAUGAAUGGGUUACCGUAUGUGAGUGACGAGUGUCGGGUGAGUGUGCUAUUUUUAGAUCGAGUAUUUAAAGUGACCGGUUUGGGUGUAGUGGUCAGUAGAGGGUCCGGUAACGACAUCAGCCGGGUGCCACGUUUUGCAGCUCCUGUUUCAAGAUAUGGUGAAUAUCUCAAGUUAGCUUAAUACUAAGGAGAAAUGGGUAGCCAUUGAAAUUUUGGAUUCUGUUAGGCGGGCACAUGUUUUCCUAGCCGUGCGUAAGGGUGUUUGAUACAAUUACCUGAAAUACAGACUGGUGUGGUAGACGGAAAUUUCCCUAUGGAAGGUCGUGGGGACAAUUGACGAAAGUCGGGGACGCAUUCUAUGCUGAGUGGGGCGUGGCUUUCUAUCCGGGCAGUGUCGUAGACUGGAAGCGAGAGACCUGCGAGUCCGGGGCUUUCGGUUAGGAUAGCGACAAGAGGGACAGGAAAUUUGACGAGGGCAGGAGCGUCUCGAGUGCAUAGUGACCUUGAGUUCAUUUUCAGAGAGGUUUUAAGUGUUAAAAAGCGACUGUUAUUACAGGCUAAUUUUCAUAUACAUGCUUUUGAGCUGAAAUUUGAAGUAAUUGUAAAUUCACGGUAUUUUGAAUUAUUGAACUUUAAUAUUUUUUUGAGUAAAUUUUUCAACAAGAGUUUUAUUGGUUGAAUUAGCUUAUAAACAACAUUUUGUAGUUUACUUCCAUUUUAUAUCUGAUACAGUGUGAUUUAAUCUUGAAUUUAGUUGAUAGUAUCAGAUAUUUGUUCAUUUGUUUAAUUGAAUUAUUAUUCGUUUUUUUUGUUAUGUUCGAAUGAGAGUGGUGUGAAAGGGGGAGUGAGAAUAAUGAUUUGUUUUGUUUAUUAAUUUUUUUUUUCAAAUUAAACUUGUUUAUUUUCUUUACAAAAUCUUAUUGUUCAUUCAGCUGACAAAAUCCAAAAAGAACUCAUUACAUAUGGUGGCAGCGGUGGGAUUUUGUCAUUUAGGCUGAGUGAUUUUUUUUGGUAUUGAAUUUUUCAAGUUUGUUUGAAUUGAGAAAUUCAUAUCCGUUGUGAUUGAAACAUUUUUUGAUUUUUGAAGAAAAGUUCAAUAAUUGUUUAAUUUCUUAUUAAAGUUUAUUGCAGCUCAGUCCCACCUGAAAGAGAACUCGGUCUUUGAUAGUCUGUUGGUUUUGUGGUCUAGAGUUGUACGAUGUCGUUACCUGGUUGGGUUAAGAAGGCUGUAGAGGAGGGUCAAGAUUUGUCUACUUGUAUGGAGAUGUGGAAACAUGCGUGUGCAGUGGAGCGGGAAGAACGACAGGCAAGACGAGAGAAAGAGAAAGAUGAGUUAGAAAUGCAGAGAAUAAAAAUGGAGAAUGAUGAAAAAGAGAGAAAACGUCUGCAUGAUAAAGAUCUUGAAGAGAAAAGGUUAGAGGUGAGAAUGAAAGAGUUAGAACUACAAGAAAGAGAGAUGAGAGAGCGGGAGACUAAUCCAGUAGCAAUGGUAGAGAGAGAAGCGAAACACGAGGUUAAGUUUAUUUUACCAAAAUAUGUUGAAGGUGAAGACAUAGAUGUUUUCUUAAGAUCUUUUGAGCGUUUAGCAACUCUUCACAAGUGGCAGAAAGCAGAGUGGGCUCUCAGACUGAUACCACAACUGACAGGUAAGGCGUUAGAUACAUAUGCACGGUUAGGAGAAGUUGAAGCAAAUGACUACGAUGUCAUAAAGAAUGCUAUUCUGAAGCGGUACAAUCUUACAGCUAGCACGUACCGAGAUAAGUUCAGAGGGUGUAAGCAAUUUUCCAGUGAAACUUUUAGGGAGUUUAGUAGUCGAGCUACCAAUUAUUUUGACCAUUGGUGUCAGAUGGAAAAGGUAAACAAAAAUCAUGAUAAUCUGGUAGAUGUUCUGAUGCGUGAACAGCUUACAAAUAGUUCUUCUAGAGAUCUUCAGAUAUGGUUGAAAGAGAGACAACCUAAGUCUGUAGAGGAGAUGAUAGAAUUGGCAGAGGCUUACCAGAACGCACAUAAAGGUAACCAGGUAAUGAACAAAGGACCUGUGCCGCAGAGAGAGGUAAGAAACCAAGGUAAUGGUGUUAAAAGCAAUAACAAUCCUAUGGUCGGUCAAAACAGGGAAGAGAAAAAAUGUUUUCAGUGUCGUAGAGUAGGUCACUUUAUGAACAACUGUCCUCUACGGAAACAGGUACCCAAGAAUUCUAGUCCUGGCUUUAAUGAUAAAGGUCAACCAUCUCAGGGAUAUACUGGUAAGGAAAAAGCAGGUUUGAUUCAUUCUCCUACUAUAUCGAGAAAGGGAGUGGCAGUGGAGCUUCCGGUUAUAGUAGAUGAGAAGAAGUCUGUCAUUGAGUCAGUUAUUUGUCAGAGUGGACUUAGAAUCGAAACAGGUACAGUGAACGGUAAGAGUGCAUCAGUACUCAGAGAUACCGGGUGCACUGCGAUUUUAGUAUCUGACAGAUUUGUUAGUGAUGAUGACAAGACAGGGGUGACAAGUGAUGUUACCCUGGCAAACGGAAGUUCACAAAGAUGUCCAGAGGUCUGGAUACAGGUAGACACGCCUUAUGUGAAAGGUAAGGUUGUUGCUUUGGUGAUGAACUCUCCAUUUGCUGAUUUGAUUGUUGGUAACUUUACUAGGGUAGAUAUUCCAGUGGAGAGAUCUACAAGACCUGUAAAGCCGGAUGAUGAAAUGUGUCAGGCAGUGGAAACUAGAGCUUCAGCAAAGAAGGUAUCACAAGAUAAAGAUGAAGGUAUUGGGGAUAGAUCUGUGGUACACGACAUAGUCUCCAGAAAUGAGUGGAUAGAGGAACAAGGUAAGGAUCCUAGUUUGGAACAGUGUAGAAACAAAGAAGUAUCUGAAGGAACGGAGAAUGGUGGAAGUUAUAUCAUGAAGGAAAACAGAAUGAUGUAUAGAGUAUUUACGACAGUUACUGACGAGGUUCUAAAGCAAGUAAUUGUACCAACGUGUGGCGAUUGA